AUGCAUCUAGAUCGAAGGCAAACUCCACAGCCCCAAAUGAAAAACGUCCCAUAUCCUAUCCCUCAACAUCCGCAAACCCACUCCACUUUGGCACCCAACCCUCCCCAAUCCACCGCCAACGUGUCGCGGCACGCAGCCGUACCGGAUCAGCGCUUGCCGCCUCCCACGCCAACAUUCCCGCAACCCGGCGAAGAUGUGAUAGCAGAACUGCCUCCGCCACCCUCAGCGCAGCCCACGGCUUCCAGCUUCAGCCAACAGAUUGCUAACUAUUUCCUGCGCAUCCGUCGGCGUACGGCGCAGGUGGUUCUCCACCAUCAUCAUCAUCACAAUCACAAUCAUCAGAUCGAUCCCGAUCCUCAGCUUUCCCCAGAGGAAGUUCCAUCCGCCACAUCCACGAUGGCCGCGACGGAUGGUCAAAUAAUACUGGCGGCAUCCCGCUUCGGCGAUGCCCAGCCAGUGUACCUGAAAGAUUUCGCCCGGAGCGAUCUACCGGCAGUGGGCAAGAUCGUCAAAGGCCAGUACUAUAAUCUAGGAGUUCCGACUCUUUCGAACCCUUCACUUCAGAGUACGGCCCUGUAUCUGAACGCGGGGAAAAUGUACCAGAUCCUGGCACAACCCAUCAAGCUCAAGGAAGGCCGCAAGGCGACCAACGUCGGGCCAAAGGUUCUGAUCCCAGAAACCUACCCAGGCGUCCUUAAGGUGUUCCGUUGUCGAUCGAACUGUGGAAUUCCCGUUGAUCCCCCCUGUGAAGUGACGAAUUUCCCGAAUCAUAUCCGUUGGACCGACUUAUUAAACCCGACUCGUGUUGGUUCCCGUUGGAAGUCCGAUAAUCUCCCCGCCAAGCAAUCCGAGUGA